CUUAUUGACCUCUAGACACUGUAUUUUUAAAACAAAAAUGUCGCACUUGUAGUGAUAAAAAAAUGUGUAAAUAAAAAAUAUGACGAAUGACGAAAUAUGUCCACAAUGUUUAAAUUCCUUAACUGGUUAUGCUUCUCGUUUAGUUCAAGAUUCGUGUGGACAUCGAAAAUGUCGACGAUGUCUUUUAGAUGAUGAAAAUGGUUGUAAAACAUGUGAAAACAAUAGACCGUCGAUAUUAGAACAACAGUUAAAUAAGAUACAAACACCAGCUGAGAUUAAACAAAACACAAACGUUAUUAGAUUUCAUCAAAAUGAUACAAAUUUUCAGCAUGUUUCAGUUGUAAAAUCAUCGAAUAAUGUUCUAAAAAAUAAAAUUGAAAAUGAAAAUGGUGUGGAAUCGUUUAAACUUCCAGAAAAUCCUACUAAAACGAAAAAUCUUUCUAAUAAAAAACGGAAAGAAGUAAAAAAUAUUGAAAAAACAGUUGAAAAUAAACAUAAAUGUGAUGAGUGUAAACAGGAAUUUCGCCGUAGAUCGCAUCUUGAAUGGCAUAUUCGUCGACAUACUGGCGAACGUCCAUUUGUUUGUCCAAUAUGUGGAAAAUCUUAUACACAAAAAGCUAAAUUAAAUCGACAUUCAAAAAUACAUACAGAUGAACGCCCCUUUGCUUGUGAGACAUGUGAUAAAUCUUUUCAAUCAAAAACUUCAUUACUUAGUCACUCCCGAAUUCACAGUGGAGAAAAGCCAUAUUCAUGUACUCAAUGUAGCGCAAAAUUCUCAGAAUUGUCUAAUUUAAAUAAACAUUUGACAAUACAUACAAAAGAAAAGCCGUUUAUGUGUGCUGAUUGCGGGGCUCGAUUCAGUUUAAAAUGGCGUCUCACAGUUCAUUUACGUGUCCAUAGCCGAGAGCGUCCCUUUGUUUGCUCUCAAUGCCAACGAGGGUUCAAUAAUUUAAAAGAUUUACGUCGACAUGAAAUCACUCAUUCAAGUGAGAAACCGUUUGUUUGUAUACAUUGUUCAACGCAUUUUAGGCGAAAGGAUAAUUUAGAACGUCAUAUAAAGAAUACUCAUUACGAUUUGACAAAUGGAAAAUUAAAAAAAGAAUUAAAAUUAAAAGAAAAGACUGAAGAAAAGGCUGCAAAUUGUUUAGGCGAUAUUAAAAGUGAUAAUGUUAGUUGUAUAGCUAGAGAACCUAAUAUUAAUUCCGUUAUUAAAUCUGGUAGUGAUUACAUAAGUACUGAACCAAAUGAAUGUACUGAUAAUAUAAGUAUUGAAGCAAGUGAUGAUAUUGAUUACGUAAGUACUGAACCAAGUGAUGGUACUGAUUACAUAAGCACUGAACCAACUAAAGAAUCAAAGUCUGAACCGUUAAAAGUUAUUUUGGGGCCACCAAAGUUAGCAUGUAAAAAGAAAGAAUUUAAAGAUAAAUUUGAAAUAGGUCGACAAGUUCCUAAUAUUUAUGAAAAAAUAUUAGAAUCGAAUAGUGAUAGUAGAUCAUAUGACGAAGAAGAUCCACGAGAAAAAAUUAUUCAAGAAUUAAAUAAAAAUUCAAACAAUAUUAUUAAACAACAUCAGCUGCAACCUCUAAGUAUACCAAGUAUUCAUUACGAAACUUCAUUCGAAAGUGGACCUCAUGCAACUAUUAAAAAUAUUAAAUUUAAAUUACCUGCUGAUUACACUUCAAAAAUUUCGAAACUACAAUAUAAUGAUCAACUAAUUGAAAAUGUAACAGACAAUGUUAAAGAAUAUACUGAAUUAAAGUCGGUUGUUCCAAUAGCGGAUGCUCCAAUAAUUACUGAUAAUCAGAAUUGUAUUAGAACUUCAGUGAUUUCAAAAAAUUUAAACUUUUGAAAAUUAACAACAAUCUGGAGAUAUAGGAAAGCAUGAUAUGAAAUAUACAAUCCCUUAAAAAAAUUUAUAAAAAAGCUCAUCUAUAAAAAUUUCAAUUUCGAAAGUAUUAGAUUUUUAAUAUGGUUUCUUAAUAAUUAUUUUUUUACUAUAAUGGUUAGUUAUAGAUAACUAACUGGCAGAGCCGGAUUAACCCUCAACGGGGCCCUAGGCAACCACCAAUUUGGGGGCCCUUUUUUCACGUCCGUUAUA